AUGGCUGCCUCAGAAGAAAAUAGUGCUCUGUUUCCAAUAUUCAUACUCACAAUAAUGGCUCUGCCAUUAGUGCCUUAUACAAUAUAUAAGUUGUUCCGAGCUGCAUCUAAGAAAGCUGCAAGCAUCAACUGCCAGUGCUCUGUCUGCUUUCGAUCGGGGAAAUAUAGGAAAUCAAUCUUCAAGCGGAUUUCAAAUUUUUCAACAUAUAGUAAUUUGACCCUUGUUCUGUUGUGGGUUGUCAUGGCCGUAUUGGUUUACUACAUCAAAAGCAUCAGCACUGAGAUCCAAGUGUUCGAGCCAUUCAGCAUUCUUGGGCUGGAACCUGGAGCCUCUGAUUCUGAAAUAAAGAAAGCGUAUAGGAGACUUUCCAUUCAAUACCAUCCUGAUAAAAAUCCAGAUCCAGAGGCCAACAAAUAUUUUGUGGAUUUUAUCUCAAAGGCUUAUCAAGCUUUAACAGACCCUGUAUCCCGUGAAAACUUUGAGAAGUAUGGUCAUCCUGAUGGCAGGCAGGGGCUUCAAAUGGGCAUAGCCCUUCCAAAAUUUCUGCUAGACAUUGACGGAUCGUCUGGUGGAAUACUGUUGCUCGGCAUCGUUGGGGUUUGCAUUAUUUUGCCCUUGAUGAUAGCUGUCGUAUAUCUGUCAAGAUCUGCAAAAUAUACUGGGAACUACGUGAUGCAUAAUACAAUCCGUACCUACUAUAUGUACAUGAAGCCUUCCUUGGCUCCAAGUAAAGUUCUGGAUCUCUUUGUAAAAGCUACAGAGUAUAGGGAUACUCCUGUUCAUCGUAUUGAUGAAGAGCCUCUUCAGAAACUUUUUGUGUUAGUCAGGAGUGAGUUGAAUUUGGACCUCAAGAAUAUCCGGCAAGAACAAGCCAAAUUUUUUAAGCAGCAUCCUGGCUAUGUGAAGACUGAAUUGUUGAUUCAAGCUCAAUUAACACGUGAAACGUCAGAAUUAUCUCCAAACUUGCAGCGUGAUUUGAAACGGGUUCUUGAACUUGCUCCUCGCCUUCUUGAAGAAUUGAUGAAGAUGACACUUAUACCACGCCCUCCACAAGGUUAUGGGUGGUUGAGACCUGCAACUGGAGUGGUUGAAUUAUCACAGUGUAUCAUUCAGGGAGUUCCACUGAGUGCAAGAAAAGCAACUGGGUCCAAUGAGGGUUAUGCACCUUUCCUGCAGCUGCCACAUUUCAGUGAGGCAGUGGUGAAAAGAAUUGCAAGGAAGAAAAUACGAACAUUUCAAGACUUCCGAGACAUGAAACCUGAUGAGCGUAGUGAGCUUCUGACUCAGGUUGCUGGAUUUUCUGCUGCCGAAUCCCAAGAUGUAGAGAUGGUUCUUGACAUGAUGCCUUCUGUUACAAUUGACAUCACAUGUGAAACUGAAGGAGAAGAGGGAAUACAAGAGGGUGACAUAGUCACAAUGCAUGCUUGGGUGACUCUUCAGCGCAGCAAUGGUUUGAUUCGUGCCCUUCCCCAUGCUCCAUACUUUCCCUUUGACAAAGAGGAAAACUUCUGGUUGAUGCUGGCGGACUCGUCUUCAAAUGAUGUCUGGAUCUCGCAGAAGGUUAACUUCAUGGAUGAAGCAACAGCAAUCAUAGCUGCUUCAAAAGCAAUUCAAGAAUUGAAAGAGGGGUCUGGAGCUAGUCCCAGGGAUGUGAAAGCAGCGGUUAAGGAAGCCAUUUCGAAGGUUAAAAGAGGUUCUAGGCUGGUAAUGGGCAAGUUCCAAGCUCCAGCUGAGGGAAACUACAACCUGACUUCUUUCUGUUUGUGCGACUCAUGGAUUGGCUGUGAUGCAAGGUCAAAUUUAAAGCUGAAAGUUCUUAAACGCAGCAGGGCAGGGACUAGGGGUGGUGUCUCCGCUGACGAGGUACCAUUGAUGGAGGAUGGAAUUGAGGAGGAAGAGGAAGAAGAAGAAGGAUAUGAUGAUUAUGAGAGUGAGUAUAGCGAAGAUGAUGAAGACGUGAGAGAUUCAAAAGAUAAAGGAGCCCUUGCCAAUGGUUCUGCCCAUAAUAAGGACGAUGCUUCAAGCAUGGAAGGUUCAGAAGGAGAUUAA